AUGGAGGAGCACAACCGGACAGAGCCCUGGCACCGAAGCCUCCAGGCGCUGCUGGAUGCCUUAAACCAGACCCUACACGGGAUCCCCCUGUGCCCCUCUGACCGCGCCGCCGCUGUCACACGCAACAGCAGCGCCGGCGCCCGGCCCGGCCGCGAUGACAACGCCUACAUGUACAUCCUCUUCGUCAUGACCCUCUUCGCCGCCACCGAUGCCCUGUGGGAUGAGGAUGCGCUGCGGGAUGAGGAUGCGCUGUGGGAUGAGGAUGCCCUGUGGGAUGAGGAUGCUCUGCGGGAUGAGGAUGCCCUGUGGGAUGAGGAUGCCCUGUGGGAUGAGGAUGCUCUGUGGGAUGAGGAUGCUCUGUGGGAUGAGGAUGCUCUGCUGGAUGUGGUCACCACCACGGUCGAGGCAAUUCAAUUCGAACUGCUGCAGGCUGGGAAGGGAG